GCUGUUAUUAUUGCUAAUGUUAAUAUUAAUAUUAUAAUGCAGGUGCAGCUACCACCUGUGGAUCCGUUUUGUAUUUCCUCGACAGUUCGGUCAAGGCCGAUCUCACGCGAGCAAUGCCACCGAGUUAUCCCUGGAAGUUAGACGGAUUUUUCAAAUCUUUGGAUCAUGCUGCAGUACGAAGAGGUUGGCAAGUUUAUAAAACGAUCUGUGGUACUUGUCAUAGUUUAGAAUUCGUCAGAUUUAAUGAUUUGGUCAAUGUGUCUCAUACGAAGGAAGAAGUUGCUGCUAUUGCUAAGGAUUAUGAGAUCGAAGAUGGACCAGACGAAGAAGGAAAUUAUUACAAAAGACCAUGUAAAUUAUCAGAUCGUAUACCACCACCAUUUCCAAACGAGGAAGCAGCAAGAUUUGCAAAUAAUGGAUCAUAUCCACCUGAUUUAACUUACAUCAUAUGUGCUAAAAAAUAUGGACGAAAUUAUAUAUUUUCAUUGCUCACUGGUUUCAUGGAUCCACCUGCAGGUGUUAUUCUAUCGGAUAAUCAACAAUUCAAUCCUUAUUUUCCCGGAUCAGCUAUUUCUAUGACACAGUUACUUCAAGACGGCGUAGUAGAUUAUGAUGACGGUACACCAGCUACCAAAGCGCAAAUGUCAAAGGACGUUGUGGAAUUUCUUUCCUGGACGUGUUCGCAAGAACACGACGCGAGAAAAUUGAUGACUAUUAAAGCCAUUGCAGGAAAACAAUGCAUCGCGUAAGAUUCAUUAUCGGACAAAAAUAGUCCCUUAACGCUGGACAGUGAAAACUACUAUUAAAAAUAGCAGAAUAAAAGUACAAGCAACAAAUCAAAAACGUGAAGGCCCAAAGGAAGAAAUGAAGUAAAGGGGGAAACAAGACAAAGGAGUAAAAGCUAAGGGAAAAAGUGGAGAUAGAGGAUAAGAAAAAAACCAGCCAUUGACUGAGAUAUCUGAAAUUGAAAGAAGUACUUGGGUAGUGUGCUUAACAAACUACGACGAAGACUGGAUACAGUGCUUCAGCUGCCAUGGAUGGGCUCAUGAAGCAUGUGCAGACAUUCUUGAAUGUUCAGACGUCUACAUAUGUGAUCGAUGUUGGAUGAUUGCAAAAUUUCCAGUGCUAGUUGUUCGAAGUUAAAUCUGUCCGAUACUAGGUGACACUUUCAACGAUUGUGAUAUUUUUACA